UCCACAUCCGAAAUCGCGCGACGAACGAUUCCGAGUUUUGGAGCAUUCCAGAAUUCAAAAAUAACAUCACCACAAACCACCAUGCCACAGGCCGACACCGUGUUCCAGUCCCGCUCGGACGGUAUCUCCGCCGAGGGUGUGCGCGAUCAGUACGCCGACGGUAAGGCGGCAAAGGUGUGGGAAAUUUUCAUCGGUGACAAAAAAUCCCGCACGGAAAACUACCGCAACUUCCUGGUGGAGAAGCUGCGAGAAAAUGGCGUGCGGCGCAUACUCGAUGUGGCGUGUGGAACGGGCGUCGACUCGAUUAUGCUGCUGGAAGAAGGCUUCGAGGUCGUGUCCAUCGACGCCUCGGACAAGAUGCUGAAGUACGCGCUGAAGGAACGGUGGAACCGGCGCAAGGAAUCGAGCUUCGAUAACUGGGUCAUCGAGGAAGCGAACUGGUUGACUCUCUACGACGACAUUAAGCAUCUGCUCAAGGGUGGCUUCGAUGCGGUCAUGUGUCUCGGUAACUCGUUCGCCCAUCUACUCGACAACUUUGGAGACCAACGCGAGCAGAUCCAAGCCAUCAGGAACUUUGAGAAGUGCGUCAAACCCGGCGGUCUGCUGCUGAUCGAUCACCGUAACUACGACAACAUCAUGGACACGGGAGCGACACCCUCCAAGUGCAUCUACUACAAUAGCAGCCACACGACGGACAUCAAAACUUCGGUACUGUACGUAGCCUCCAAACCGACGCUGGUCACACUGGACUACCAGAUCAGCACGGGUAGCGAGGUCAGCGAGUUCCGGCUGUCAUACUACCCGCACAAGCUGCGCGUCUUCGAGGAAAUUCUGCAGUCCCUUUUCCACGCGGCACGUUCCCACGAGAUCUACGGUGACUUUAAACCCCUGACGGGCGUCUCCAAUCCGGCCUUCUACAUUCACGUCGUUCAGAAGGCGACGUCCUAAGCGUCCUGCGACGCUCGGCCCCAACGAUUAGACCGAUUGAUCUGACAUCACGCCACCGACACGGGACGACGGAGUUUUAUCUGUAAAUAAACGCGCGCCAGUAGAACCGAAAUAAAGCAACUCACGCGC